GAAAAGUUGAUUUUGUCAGGACGUAGGAAUGAAUUCUUCAUCCUGAUCAAAACGAACCAUCUACAAAAUACAUACAUUCAAAGGGCACCACCAAGAAUUGUAUAGACAGGAUGUCAAAGCUGCGUGUGCUAGUUGGCGUGAAACGAACUUUAGACUACAUGUUAAAGCCGCGUAUAAAUCCAGCUAAAACUGCUGUAGAUUUGACCGGUCAAAAGAUGAGUAUCAACCCUUUCUGUGACAUUGCCGUUGAAGAAGCGAUACGCAUCAAGGAAACUCAAAAAGAUCGAGUUGAAGACACUUUAGUGGUGACGGCAGGGCCAAGCGCAUCGGAACAAAUUCUUCGUCAAAGCCUUGCAAAAGGAAUGCAACGUGCAUCUUUGAUUGAUGUGGGAAACAAAGAGCUUGAACCUCUUUCCGUAGCCAAGUUGUUGAAGGCUAUGGUUGAAAAGGAAAAGAGUAACCUUGUAAUUCUUGGAAAACAAGCAAUUGACGAUGACGCUCAUCAGACAGGAGGAAUGCUUGCUGCUAUGCUUGGCUGGCCUCAAUUUACUAGUGCUAGUAAGGUUGCGUUUGAUGGUGACAAAGUCGUUGUCACAAGAGAAAUUGACGGUGGUGCUGAAACACUUUCAAGUCCAUUACCUGCUGUCAUUACCACAGACCUUCGCUUAAACGUUCCACGAUUUGCCAACUUGGCUAAGAUUAUGAAAGCUAGAAAAGCACCUCUUGGGAAAUUGACCCCAGAAGAGCUUGGAGUUCCUAUCGAAAACAGACUACAGACGCUCUCUGUUGAAGAGCCAGUUUCUAAGCGACACAAUAUUAUGGUGAAGAACGUAGACGAAUUUGUCAAUACUUUGAAGGAUUUAAAUGCUUUAUAAUAAUGUGAUAUGGUUCCUACACGAUGCUCUUCUUUUUUGAUUCGUUUUAUUUUUUCACAAGUAUUUCUUUUUUUGCUCUUUUUCUCUUAGUGCAUGAAUGCGCGUCUUUCUAAACCCUUGCAGGGGGAUUUGUUAAGGCCCUCAUAAGGCAUUUCUACAGAUGAAGUCUGUGCAUAAGUGGUUGAUUGUUCUUCUAGUUUACUCAAUGUCUACUCAGAUAGAUUCGGUUUAUGGUCUCUACAUAUAUAAAUCUAUGGACGUUUUCGACCGUUCCUCAUUCCCUAUCAUUUUCUGCGUCUCUAGCAAAAUGUACAGUUUUUUUGGAUCUGGUUUGUUAUCUCAACACGAUGAACCCCGUAACCUUUGUUUCAGAAAACAAUUAGCUACUUUUGAUUCGUAUUAAAGUUAAUGCCACCAGUUUUUCUGUCACGAUUUUUCAGUUGAAAACGACAAAGCUUAUUUUACAUAAAAAAAUAUAUAUUCACUUGUUUAGUUGCCUUCUAUAUAUUGCAGAUAGGUCAUUUUAUUUUACGCUCUUGUCAUUGAUUUUUUAC